UUACCUUUUGCCUAGCAAUCUUCGCCCUACUGGCUUGACAUAAAACUUUUCUUGUAAAACUAUUCUUGUAAAGAAUGAUCUUAACCGUUUUUGUUUCGGGUUUUCAUUUAUACGAUGAUCCGAUCCGAUUACUCUGAAUGCUGAGGCAGUAAUUGAAAUGCGAAAGGAGAGCUAUUCAGGAGUGCUAUUGCACUGAUCAUUGAAUAUAACCAAUUACUAGUGCAAUUGUACUUCGGAAUACCACCUGCAUAAUAUCCCAUAAGGAUUCCUACGCAGUAUUCUACGCAUCACACCAUACCUGUGCUUAUUCCAUCAAAGCCUACAAACGAGAAAUCGUUUUUUUGUCCUGUCCUGACCUCGCCCGUUCUGACGUUUGGAUUGCAGAUGGCACCUUCAAAACCUCACCAAAACAUUUUCGACAAAUUUAUACUAUUCACGGUUCCGUAUGCGGCAAAAUGUUUCCGUUGGUCUAUGUGUUAAUUGGCGGGAAGUGUAUGGAUUUAUACCGGAAAGUGUUCCAGGCCUUGUACGAUUCCUUAGCAAAACUGUGUGAAGACGGUCAAGACCCAUCGGAACCGGCUUAUAUGCUCAUCGAUUUUGAACAAGCGGCAUGGACAGCCUUUAGGAGAAUCUUUCGCAAAACAACUGUUCAAGGUUGCCUUUUCCAUUUUGGUCAAAACGUGUACAAGCGUAUCUUGAAGUACGGAUUCAGCGAACGAUACAUUUCGGAUUUGCAGUUUAAUACGCAAUGCAAAAUGUUGUUGGCAUUGGCAUUUGUUCCUGUGGACGACGUGGUCAAGGUUUACGAAACUUUCAUCCAGCAUCCGGAAUGCGUUCUUGAAAAGGAUAGGAAAUUAAUCAUGUAUUUCGAGAGAGUUUAUAUCGGUCAGACAGUGAAAACCAGAAAAGGACAGGGGCGGAGGCCACCGUGUUUUUCGAUCGCAUUUUGGAACUGUCAUAACCGUCUGCUUGGUGGAGUACAAAGGACCACCAACAACGCCAAAGGAUGGCACAACGGUUAUGCAACAUCAAGCGGAUCUGUCAUACCGGAUAUCUACACAUUUUUCGGCAAAUUGCAAUUGGAGCAGAAUUUACAAGAAGGUCGUAUUGGCAAGCUGAAAAAAGGUGAAAAACCGGAGCCACAGAGACGAGAGUUCAAAGAGCUGACUGAGCGGUUGAUGGCGGUUGCUGUUAUGUACAACGAUAUGGAUCCAUUGGAGUAUUUGGAAAACAUCAGCAGGAACGUGGAGAUGUCUUGGAAAGAUGGUGAGGACGAAUCGGAUUCGGAUGGUUCGGAAGAUUGGCGUUGUGGGAAAGCAUGCUGUAUAGGGCCUGUGGAUUUUGCACUGUAAUGAUGGGUUUAACUAACAAACUGCCGGCUUAUAAAUAUAUCACUACUAUAUAUUAUUUAUUCUUGUUGAAAAAUUUAAAUAAUUCAAAUUUUUUUGUAAAUGCAAAUUAUUUGAGUAAUUUGCGGUGUUACCGUAACCGCCAAGUCGUAGCUACAAGUCAUCGAUCAAUGAUGAUAAAAUCUAUUUCACUGUUGACUUUCACUAAUUCGAAAUGAGAAAUAGAUGGCUAAAAUUAUUUGUGGAACGCUGUGGUCAUGAAAUGUUACGGUUGUGAAAUGUUGCGGACAUGAAAUGUUACGGUUGUGAAAAGUUGCGGUCAUGAAAUGUUACAGUUGUGAAACGUUGCGGUCAUGAAACGUUACGGUCAUGAAAUAUACGUUGUGAAACGUUACGUUGUGAA